ACCUGAUCAUGGACUACUCCUGCUUUAUCCUCUAAUCAUAGGUGUCGUGAUAAGCAGAAAGCAAUAUGAGUUGGGCAGCACUGUAUAGCCAGCUGGGUGGCGUGAACAAACACUCCACUAGUCUGGGGAAAAUCUGGCUGUCUGUUCUCUUCAUCUUCCGCAUCACCAUUUUAGUGUUGGCUGCAGAAAGUGUCUGGGGUGAUGAGCAGUCAGACUUCACUUGCAACACACAACAGCCAGGCUGCAAAAAUGUCUGCUAUGACCACUUCUUCCCAGUCUCACACAUUCGUCUCUGGUGCCUUCAACUAAUCUUCGUGUCCACCCCAGCUCUACUGGUUGCAAUGCACGUAGCAUAUCGCAAACGGGGUGUGAGGAAAGAACUUAUCGCAUCCAAUGGAGAUAAAAAAGAAGAAGACCUGGAGGGUCUGAAGAAAAGGCGUUUGCACAUUACAGGCCCGCUUUGGUGGACCUACACCUCUAGCCUGUUUUUCCGGCUACUUUUUGAAGCCGGCUUCAUGUACGCGCUCUACUUUGUCUAUGAUGGCUUUCAAAUGCCACGCCUUGUCAAAUGUGAACAGUGGCCUUGUCCAAAUAAAGUUGAUUGCUUCAUCUCACGACCAACAGAAAAGACAAUUUUCACGAUUUUUAUGGUGGCGUCUUCAGCUUUUUGCAUUGUGCUGAAUGUGGCUGAGCUGGUCUACUUGAUUAGUAAGGCACUGAUGCGAUGCGCCGCAAGAACUAAGAGCAGGCACUCGUACGCUCACUCAGACAGAGCACUUUUGCAAAACAGAAAGAAUGAGAUGCUUUCAUCUGUCUCUGAUUCCAGUGCUAGCAAGUCUGUAUAAGAUUCCUUAAGAUAAGAUUCCUUGAUUGAUCCCAUGGGGGACAUUCUAGACUAUUUAAGCUUUACUCCCUCAGACAAAACCAUAUUUUUAGUAUUAAACUUUUUUGCCUUGAAUGCAAGAGAACAACACUGCAAAAUACUACUUAAGUAGGGGUAAUCUCUUAAACAGAAACGAAUGCACGUGUCUUUACACAUUCAGUAAUGGUUUAAUAGGGGCCUUGUUUCACAGUUCACACUUGGUGCAAGAGCGUGUCUUGUUUAGAGUAGGAUCAAUUGACACCUAGUGGUCAGCACAAUCAAAUGAUGUUCAAACAAUGUUAAAUCCUUUUUUUAUUUUCAUAUAUCAUGUCUUUAUUUUGUACUGUCACAUUGUAUAAGCCUUUGUCUGUAUUGUUACUAUAGUGUUUUUAUAUCGUUGCAAUUACUUUGACAGGCAGCCAGCUUUCUGCUGAUGAAAAGGAAGACUACAGGUAGUGAUUGUGCCUUAGCAACAAGGAAACUGUUACUGAAAUAGUCACUUCUGUGCUUGCUUCCAUUAUGACAUCUUUAUAUAAAGUAUUUUUAUUGAUGAAUUGAGACAUGAAUAUAUUUGAAAUAAAUUACACCCAUGUUAUAAUUACACAAUUUACCUUAAUCUUAAACCCUGCAACAGCAGCAAUAGAUGUGUUGGUAACUUUAUUAGUCCACAGACAAUAAUGUCAAACUACUUCACUGUUUGCAAUAA